AUGGGAGAAGAGGAACCACCGGUGAUUUGUGAUCUCUGCUUGGGAGAGUCGAGUAAUGUUCGCCUAACCAAGAUAAGCAAUGGUGCCCACUGCAAGAUUUGUACUUUACCAUAUACGCUCUAUCAUUUCAAGCCACACCGGCGGGACAGCAAUUUGACGAAGACGCUGAUCUGUACCCGCUGUUCGAAGCAACGUAACAUUUGCCAAUGUUGUAUGCUGGACAUGGUGUGGCAUAUCCCACUGCAGUUACGUGAUAGAAUGCUGGCCAUGAUUGAAAAGGAUCCUGCCAACAUCACAGAAGAGGCAAAGAAUGAUAUGAUGAAAAGAUUUCUUGCCUUGAAGGACGUCAAACUAGGAGGAGCCCGUACCACCAGCGAUCCGCGUGAAAUCGAUAAGCUCAUGAAUAAGCUGCAAGAGAUCCUUCAUCAGCGCCCGACAAACGCAGCGCCCCAGGCCACGAUAACGGACCCCUCAGCCCAGCUCGAGAACUUCAGGCAUGUAGAUAUAGCGCGUUUGCUUCGCAGAUUACCGCUGAAUCAGUCUUUUGGUGACACUGCUGCAUGUAAGUCUUUCUUUGUCUACAAUAUCGAUCCAUCGAUACCAGAGUGGAAGAUUUCAAGUGCUAUAGCCGAAACGGUUGGCACGGAUGAAUGGCAAGACCGAACAACCACUUCGCUGGUGAUAAAUCACAAGGCUCACUGUGGCGGGUUUAGAUUCAAGAAUGAAGAUUUGGGAUUAAAAUUCAUUAGAAAUCUUCAAGCUUCGAGUUCUACGCUGCUGACCACACAAAAUUUACGCAGAGGUGUCCUGAACAUAAAUCACUUCCGCAUAUUCGUGAUACCGUGGACUUCGGGAUUUUCGGCAGCAUCUUUUGGAGCCAGUACCAGUGAGAACAUUAAACUAAGCUUAAGUUUGAACAAGAUGAUUAGUAUGGAGACUGCAAUUCCUCGAGAUCACGUGCUGAAAGCGGUUCAAGCGACGGCAAAAAGUAAAGACAAUAAAGUCACAAAGAGAAGGGCUAAGUCUAAAAGAAUAUCAAAUAUCGAGCUCUGA